GCGUCUACUUGCAAGAUGUCCGCCCAGAACUCCGCAGGCAUUCAGACCCUCCUCGAUGCCGAGAGAGAGGCCCAGAAAAUUGUUCAGCAAGCUCGAGAAUACCGUACCAAGCGGAUAAGGGACGCAAAGGCCGAAGCUCAGAAGGAAAUUGAAGAGUACCGCAAGCAGAAGGAGGACGAAUUCAAGAAGUUCGAAGCUGAGCACUCGAGCGGGUACAAGAAAGCCGAGGAGGAUGCGAAUAAGGAGGCAGAGGUGAAGCUGCAGGAGAUCAAGGUUGCUGGCAACGAGAAGGGCAGCAAAGUUGUGGAUGAUCUCAUUCAUGCACUGAUUGAAGUGAAGCCUGAGGCCUCGGAGAAAAUCGUGGUCAAGGCUUAGAUGUGCUGUUUCCUGUGGAAUUGCUGGGGUUCUUCAAUGCUUGGGUUCUUUGUUUCCAGCCUGUGAAUAUUAUUUAGCUGUUUGAUCAUACAAUUGCCCAUCUAUACGGAUUAUCUCUCUCGAAU